AUGGGAGAAGCUAAGAUAUUAGUUGAGGUUGAGUUGGAUAAACCUUUUCCGAAACAAAUUGCUCUAGAUGAUAAGCAAGAGAAUAUCUAUCUGGUGGAUGUCGAGUAUACUUGGAUCCCAAGUGCUUGUGAGAGAUGUGGAGCGCUUGGUCAUAAGGAGAAGAGGUGUCUUCUGCCUCAUAAACUACAUGAUUCCGCUCUUGCGAAAGCUAAUGUAACAAAUGAAGAGAUCCCUUUCGUGGCGAUAGAUAUGUUGCUACCAAACUCAUCCACAUUGGUGGGUGCUGUGGAGACUGACUCGCACUUGACUCAUGGCCAUCAAGCACACAAGAUCACUACAAAUUCUGCUGUCACUACACCUCCUGAGGUCCCUGCUCCUACUACAUUCACCCAUUCGCAUGAGGUACAAUCUACUUCUUGCUCAAAGAUUGAAAACAAUUUAUCUAUGUUAGCAGUUGAAGAAACUACUCAUCCUCAGUCACAUGUUAUGGAAGAAAUUCCAUCAAAAGAAAUCAUUUUGGAGACUCCUCAAGCCUCUGGAAAUGAGCAAUCAAUUAGUCAUUACUCUCUUACCGCCAACAACCUUCAGAAAUUUCAUAUGGAGCGGGAUUUUUCCCCGCUAACACAUGGGAGAGAUGAUGGUUUAGGUGAGGUUGGAGAGACUUCUGGUUAUAACAUAACUAGAGGAGGAAGACUGAUUAAACCGACUCAAAAAAUUCAAGAUAUGGAAUGGACAAAUGUUAGAGGAAAAGGUAAACGAGGUCGUCGCGGCCGAGGGAACCAUGUACACUAA